AUGCUGGCGACGGGAUCGCUACUGAUAACCUUAUUUCAAUAUGCGUGCGGAAUGUUUCGAAUCGCCAGCUAUCGUAUUGAACAUGCGAUGACAAUUGGGACCGUACGAAGCGUAAAUACAGGAAACGAGAGUUCCAUUUACGAGGAUUUAAUUUAUGCCGUAGAUAUUCAUCGCAAAGCCAUGCGGUUCUCCAACAUGUCAAUAUCAAAAUUCAAAGUAAUGUGCUUCAUUUUAAUAAUUGUCGGUGUGAUGUGCGGAAGUCUCAAUUACCUUCGAAUUUUUCAAGCGCUGACAGCCAAAUACAAUUACGUCGGAGAACUCUCGGUGUCCGUUACGUUCGUGAUUGUCCAUUUCUUCUAUUUGGCCGUAAGCAANAUGUUAUGA